AUAACCAAUUGAUAAAUAAUCAAUUGAUAAUAGCCAAUUGUUCAAUAAACAAUUGGUUUUUUUAUUACAAUUAAAUCAUCAGUCCCUUGAGUCAUCACUUGGUUUGAAACAAUUUGUUCACCAAAUAACCAAUUGAUCGAUAACCAAUUGAUUUCAAUCGUCAGUCUUUGUAAAAUUAAUUAACGAGUCCCAAUUAAAUCAUCACUUUCUUGAAUUGUUAAUUCACAAAUUGAAUUUUCGAAUAAAAUUAGUUCGAUUCAAUUUCGAAUAAAAUUAACACUAAAAAGAGAAGAAAAAAUAAAGAUUGUCAGUCGACAAAAAAAAUGAAAGGAAAAUAAAUUAUUUUUGAAUUGAAAGAAACAAUUGUCAGAGAAACAAUAACUGACUCACGAAGGAAUUCCAUUUGGGAAUCUCUUUGCGACUAAAUAAUAGCCGAGCCACAGACUGACCUGUUUUUAUAAAGAAGAAGUGAUCUGAAUUCCUAAAUAAAAAGUUGAACUCGUAAAUAUGUGAGAACGUUAAUUUCAAGAUGUGCAAAGAUGUAGGCGCGCUUCACAUGGAAAGAGGAUACUCAUGGAAAUUAAAUACAUCUCGGUAAUAUCAGGUUUCAUACUCACUGACUUUUCAUCUAUACAUAUAUACAGGAAGUUCGUAUAGUCAAGAGGAGAGAAACACUAAUCUGGAAUUCAACUUUCCAAGAGGAAGAAAACGAGAGAUAAAUAAUAAGUGAGAUCAAGAGCCAUGUGGAGUUAAAGAGACAUUUGCCGAGCGCGCACACAGCUCUCGCGCAGUUGGUCGAGAGUCUCUCUAUUCAUUGUAUUCGAUGAAACCAUUUAUACGCACCGCAGUUAUAAACAAUGAAUGAUUCUUAAUUGUUUAAGUAAAAUUUCCCCCCAAUACAUUUCCAUCCGCAUUCAAAUAUACCAGUUGCUGUACAGUGAAUCAAUAAAUGUGAAUAUUUCUUCAAAUGGACAAGAAAAAAUUAAUACAAUUUCCCACGUGACAGUGUGUAUACAUUAUAUUUAAAUGCGUGACUCAAUUCUAUCAUCUCGCGACUAAAGCAUCGUUAAAUGGAGCAGAAUUGUGAUUUUAGUUGAAAAAAAAAAUAGGACACCAAAUUAUUAUUUCAUUAAUCUGGGUUCCGUGUCUAGGAGAGAAAAAAAAAAGUAUCUCUGAAUUCAGAGAGAAGAAAGUGAACAGAAAUUUGGAAGAAUUGACUGUCUGACAGGAUAAUUCGAGCGUGUCCAUUGAAAAAUAAAAUGAUAAAGGUGCCAAGACCUUUCUAGCCUUUUAGUUUUCCAUUGUCGGAAGUUACACUCCGUGUGAAUAGGAGCUGGAAAUUUUCGAAUUAAGUGUGGUUUUUUCUUUUAUUAAUUAAUGAAAUUCAUAUGACUUGACAUCAUUUCCUGUUUGGGGGAAAUUAUAUAUGGAUUUUUUGAAUACAUUAAAAGUGGAAAUUUGUUUGGCGGGACAAAAGUAAAAGUGCAGAAACUUUGUUUACGCGUGCACUUGAGAGUUCAAUGAUUAAUAGUUGUGGAAAGAAAGGGAAUUGAAGAAAACCGGUUGACUUCAUACUGGCUAUAGAAUUGAAGAUGAGAAAAUGACAUGAAAUAAAGGGAAUUUAAUUUUAAAUUAAGAAAAGAAAUUGUGAUAAUUUCUUAUUCAGAAGAAAAGAAUCGUCCUCCCUUUUUUCCUGGAUGCUUGACAGUAUAUUACAUGAAAAACAAUGACGGAAGGAAAGAAGACGCAGAGGAAUUUGAAGAUACCGUAUAGAAUAAUCGAUGAUCUUUCCUGCAAGUCAUCAGUCUCAGGUGUUGCUGACGAAGAAAUUCAAACUCGUUAUAAAUGAAAACGGGUGAAAAUGCGGUUAAAGCUGUUAAAGCUCGUUACAUUCCUGCUUCUUGCAGGAUCAGUCAAAUCCAGACCUCAGAAUUCCGCUCAUGAAGGAAGAGCGGAUGCAAAUGGAAAUGGCUGGAAACCAAUUUCAAUGGGAAGCGAGGACAUUUCUCAAAGUGUCCUAAGCAAUAGCAGGUACAUAGGGAAUGGAAGAAAUAAUAGAUUAAUUUAUAACUAUAUACCAACAUUUAAUUUAAGUCCAACAAUAAAAUUAAAUUAUUCCACAUCCGUUAGGGCUCGAACACUAAACGAUAAUAAUGCUAAUAAUAAUAACUUUUACAAUUAUCAAUUAGAAAAUCAAUGGAUAGGCAAAACCUAUCCUCAGAGACGAAGUGAUGAUAAAAAUGAAAUAAUUCGAGGUCACAAUUCCCGGGAAAUUAGUCAAUUUGGAAAGAAUAUUAUUCAUAAGGUGAGUAGUAAGGUCAUUCCAAUUCCGAUUUCAAGUCACGCCUCCUCACAGGACAAGACCCCUUUCGAUAAUCAAGACAAUGAACAAAGUCUUAAAAUUCACUAUCAAUCGAAUUCGGAUAAUCAGAAAAUUACUUCCGACAAGAGAUCGUUGAGUGAAGGUAGAAAAAUUUCCUCCCGAACAAGAAAUUAUGUGAAAAUAAUACCCUAUAGUAUUCCAAAUCGUAAUUCGAAGGAAAAAAUAAAAGUUUUUAAAAAUUCGACUAAAAUCAUUAAGGAUAGGGUUAAUAUCGUAAAGGCGAACUUGAACUCCCAGAUAAAGACGGAAAAUCUAGGGGACGGUGGUAAGUUCACAAGGCCUCCGAAUCUUGUGACGAAGGAUAAUUUUUUGAAAAACCCUCAUAGAAAUAUCGUAACUCCGAGGCCGAAUUCGAAAAUAGCGGCGAACCUUCCCCUAAAGAAAUGGCCAGCCGAAGUUGUCGCGUCGACCGUCGAGGACCUGUACAAUUCGGAUAAAUAUUUCUCCCAACAAAAUUUCCCCACGGGAACUAAGACUCCCUAUCAAGCACCACACCAUCAUGCCUCAAUGGAGGAGAUGAUCCAGUGGCUGAGAAUUCCCGCCUUCUCCCGAAACCAGAGUCACAUGAUCGAGGAGCACUCCGGAAAGCCAAUCAGUAACGUCUUCGAACCUUUGUACGACGAUUUUGAACCUAACGCACCGGCUAAAGUUAAUGAAGACUCCAACGAAGAUUCUACCUACUCGACCUCUACCUACACUUCCGAUUCGCCUUCUCCCAUUUCCUCAAUUUCCCCGAUUUCUCCCAUUUCUCCCCCUUCGUACUCAUCGAAUUUCGAUAAGAACCAUUUCCAAAAACCCCAGUACUACUUCUCUUCGCCACAACUCGAUUCGAUGAUAAACAGUCUUCAGGAUCCGUCCCUAACCCGUCAACCGGUCUACAGACCCACUUCAACCGUCGUCCAGGACACAGUCGUCCACAUAAUGAAUCCCGGCUCGAAGAAACCGAAUGUCACCAUCACUGGUUCGAAGAAACCCCCGCAAAAAACUGCCGCAACCAACAAUACCGGUUCGCCACCGAAUGUCCACAUAAUGUUCAUGAGCGACGAUCCGGCGAAUAAUACUGAAACUCUGUCAAACGUCAGGGACGAUUGUCCCACGAUUAUGAUAAAUUCGAUCACGAAGGUGAAAAACAAGAUUGAGAGUAAAGAAGGUUGUACGGAUUUGAACAUUGUUAUUAAUUCGCAAGUUCUUAGUACGAACGUGUUUACUAGUCCUUCGUCGGGGCCGAUUGUGACCGGUGGGCAGAAGGAUCAGGUAUCUCUUCCUUACACCAGUGAUCCGUUGCUGCAAACCGGACCUACCAGUGGUCCGGUGUACCAGAGUGAACCUACGACAAAUGUCGAUCCGUACUAUUCGACAGCUCAGGUCGAUACGCACCAACAGGUGAAGAUACAAGUUCCGCAGGCGACUACAAAUCCGGCGAAUUCCGUCGAAAUUAUUUCGGGGACGAAGAUUAAUAUCGGUACCGGUGUGCCGAAUGUGACGAGCGGUUUAUUUUCGGAUCCCAUUUCUGAUUUGGGUCCCGCUUUCAAUUCGGCUUCUGACUUUACUUCAGCUUCUGAUUUGGCUCCUGCUUCUGAUUUUAAUUCUGCUUCUGAUUUUAAUUCUCCUCCUGGUUUCAAUUCGGUUUCUGAUUUUCAUUCAGCUUCCGAUUUGGCUCCUGCUUCUGAUUUUACUUCUGCUUCUGCACACGAUUUCGAUUCGGCUGCUAAUUUAGCUUCCGAGUUUGAGUCGGACAUGAAUUCGGAGUUUGCUUCUGAUGCGGAUGAUGAUUUGGCUUCUGAUACGGAUGACGAGUUUGCUUUGGAUGAGGAUUUUGCUUCGGAUGCGGAUUUAGGUUCGGAUUACGACCGUCCUGACGCGCCUCCCAAAGAUCAGGGUCCAGUUCAGGACUUUCAGGAAAUUAACGAUGCGGUAUCGGAGGAUGCGAACAAUGCGGCAACGUCAGUGGCCACGACGACAAUUACCGAAAAUUCUAACGAAAAUUCGACGAGUUUCUUCUCUAAUUCGACGGGCGUUAGCGAAGAGGGUCAAUCGUCGUCGGGCAUUGGAACGGGACCAGGUCAGGCUAAUGACGGUUCGUCGGCAGUGACCUACAGUGGUUCGAGACCCGGUGUUCCGAAUUUGGUGGGACUGACGAAUAUGGCGGCGACGCAGACUGCGAAUCAGUUGACGAAUCCGAAUGGUUUGGGUGGUUCGGGUGGAGCUGGUGCAUCGCCAGGAGGUGGAGGAGGAGCGGCUGUUGAUGCUGCUACAGCCGCUGUUGAUUCGGACGAGGACGAUGAUGAUUAUUUUGAUUAUGAUGAUUUUGAUUUGUCGCCCUAUGGUGUUAUGGAUUCGAUGGGUUCGUUCUUUUCGUCGUUUAGUUAUUUGAAUCCGUUGAAUUAUGGUCUGAUGAAUGUGAGUAUUGCGCCUUUCGCUGCUUUUGCUGCGGGGGUUCUAGGUGUGGCGGCCUUUUUAUUCCCCUGGGCAUUUCCGGGUGCUCUGGACCUUGGCAGAUCGUAUGAUCAUCGUACUGAUAUCAGAUUUACACCCGGUCUCGAGGAAAUUGUUAAGCAAGCGAUUCGCAAGUAUAGAAAUUGGAACGAAUGGAAAAAUCUUCAGCAUAUGGACCAAUCCCUGAGGACGGUGGCCACGCAAUUAUUAAAUGUCACAAAUCCUAAGGAAGUUUUGACAAAAGACAAAGCACAACAGCAACAACAACCGUCAAAUGAUGUUUUAACUAAAUUAAUUUUUGUCGAAUCAUCGGAGAAAGAAACUGAACAUUCUUCCAUGCUAAAGACAAUCGAUUCUCUAAAUUUUGAAAAAAAUGCCACAAGACACAUUUCUCAGGAAAGACCCAUCAAUUCAAAAUUUGGAUUCCUCGAAAGCAGUCAUCCUGGUGAAGCAAUGGCACUAACAGAAGAGGAAUUAGAAAAAGAAUUAAAUACCAUGAGACAUCCGAACCAUAAAGUACAACCAACAACAACUGGUGGAAUCUCCACUUGGAUUCUUUUGAAUCCACCCUCAGCAACCACAGACCUUCCUCUCGAGGACGAAGAAGAAACCAAAUAUCCUCCCGCAAACGAAGGACAAUUAAUCGUUAAGACAACGUCAACAAUCCAAAAAGUAGAAUCCCCCGAUCAAAAAAUUGCAUCCGCUUCCGUUGAGAAGGUUACCGUCCAACCGCCCAUUUCCUUCGAGAAAAUAAAUACUCAGGUUCCUAAAAAAUCAACGCCCAAUCUCAUUAGAAAGUCAACAACUCCAUCGACUCCCAAACUAGAGAAAUUAAUCACAAAAACGGAGAAGGUUACCCAACAGCCUGAGAAAUCAACUCCAAAUCCCGAAAAAACUCAAUUUAAAAAAAUCGAGAAACCAACAACUCCGAAAAGUAUAACACCGAAAAGUACAACACCAAAAAGUACAACUCCGAAAAGUACAACACCCAAAAUUACAACACCGAAAAGCACAACACCCAAAACUACAACAACAGCAUCAACAUCAAUUGAUGAAGCCAAAGAAACAAAUUUACUUUUCUCCGACAAUUUUGAAGCAACAACAACCACGCCUAAACAAGUUACAACAAAAAAAGUCCCACCAACACUUCGUACAACCACCAAACCCAAAAUAAACCCAAUUAAAAAUGCAACCACCAAGGCACCAAAACCCCAAAAUAAACCCAAACCUACUCCCCAGAGAAAAACAACAACCACAACAUCCAAACCCGAAAUCCACAACUCUCCAACUCCAAAAAUCGAAAAGGUAACCUUCAAACCUGUACAAAUGAUCUCAACCCAAGCGGAUACUACCGAAGUUCCCAUGUUCAUCACCAAAAUAAAAGCCUCCGUUUACACCGAAACGAAAAAAACUCCAUCCCCCGAAUCAACUCCAAAACCAACCACAAAAUUAUUCACAAAGCCAAGUCCAAUCAGGGAAGACAUGAUAGACAACAGAACAAAACCAAGCAGCAACAAAGUCAACAACGUCCUGCAGGUGAAGCUAAAGAAACCAGUCGACGACAUGACGAAAAUCGAGAUCGAACCGAUAAAGGUAAAUGCCCCAGUUUUGAAAAUCGAAAAAGUGUUUGAAACCAAGAAACCUUCGAAAACGGAUCAAAAGAAAGUUGUACAUCCGAAGGAUACUACAAAUCAGGAUAUUCUUUCGAAAAUCGAUCUAAAAUUCGAUUUCAAUCCCGAACUGACAAAAAUAAACGUCGAGACGUCAGAACCCAUUAAAUCGACUACGACAACAGUGAAGCCAACAUCGAAACGAAGACAGUCGUCAAAGAGGAAGAAGAACAAGACUAGACGACGUAAACCGACAAGUACAACCGAACCUACUGAUUCGGCACUGUCUGCCCUGUCGACAAUCGCCGAAGCUCUAAAUAUCGCCGAACCCUCGAGCGCCGAGAACGCGAUUCAAGAAUCAAAGAUCGAACCCGAAACUAAGGUUGUGAACAGUACCAAAACAAAGAAGAAACAAGUGCAAAAACCCAUCAGUACACAAAUUUACAAUUUCUUGAGUAGGGAAGUAAUGCCCAGUUUCGGUGUCAUGUCCCUCGUUGGUCUGGGUCUAGGCCUCGCGUCCUACUUUCUCUAUCCAUUCGGCGGCUCAAUCGCCCGGCGGAAUUACGAUUUGGAGCCCAACUACAAGUACAAUCUCGACGAGUAUGGGGGUAAUUACGGUCAGAACGAGGAGGAGGUCUUCUCUAAAGUUCUCCAGGGAAUGACCAAGCACGACGCCAAGUACGGCGGGAACAAGGACUACGAGCACAACUACUACAAGUACCAUCACUACGAGGGGCCCUAUUCGACAAGUACGAGGAAACCCCUCGAGCAGAAACCAUCGUCCGGACCCAUUUACCGACCGGCCGAAAGUGUCAACUACAGAAACACGGAAUUCAAGUAUCCCGAGUUACCGACAACUCCCAAUUACUACGAGCGGCAGAAAUCGGAUUUCACCGUCGGCAAGGAAGUGAACGGCAAUCGGCAGUUCGUCGUCGGUAACAUACCCAAAGAGUACAGUCCCGAGGAGAAGGCAGUACCGACAGCGAGCAAACGAGCGGACUAUGACACUUCGAAGCAAAUAAACACGGAGCAGACAAAAUUCGAACAACAAAUGGCCCAGACUUUUAAUUUUCCGAAAAAUUCGGUGAAUAUCCCCCAGGCCUAUACGGCAAAUCUGCAAAAUGAACCGAUUCGCAGCAAAGAUGUGGUGUAUGAAGAAAUUGAAAUUACACCAACUGCCGUUGCGGUUGAGCACGGACCUAGAUUACUACGACUGAGAAGAUCGAACCCCUCGGGAAAAAUUAAAAGAGACUCGGUUAUUCAACUGAUACCGACAAAGACAGAAAUUGAGAAGGAGCACCAAGAGGAGGAGGUGCCUUUGAGUAACGAAAUUUUCGACAUUAUCGACUCGGCCCUACCGAAUGAAGAUGAAAAGAAGACGACGAAGGUUGUUGUCGACAAUGAUAAAUCAAAAGACGAGAUUCUGAAAAAGAAACUCGAGGAGGAUCUUUCGGAGAAUGAAAUUCAACAUUCGGAGAGUACAACAAAGAGAGCAAUGUUGUCGACUAGUUUCCCAGCUGUGAAACACUUGACGACGGUGAAAAUUGAAGCGAUUGAUACGACGACUAAAAUGAAGAGUACUACUCAUUUUAAGAACGAGGAGACAACGACUGAGGAUUGGUUCAAUGAUGAGGUGACGACUGAGAAGCCGAAAGUUCCAGAGAAUGAGGGAUUUAGUAUUUUUUCGAUUGUGAAGAAAAUUGCGGAGAUUAAAAUUAAAUUGGGUUUGACGCUCUUGAAACAUGCCAGUGAGGGUUUUGCGAGAUAUUUGGGGCAUGUGCAAAAAAGAUUUAAUGGAGAGGAAUGAUGAUAUUUUUUUUGUUUAAAGUCAAAGGGAAUUAUGUCUGAUUAAUCAGGUUUUCUGUUCAUUUUCAACUAGCAAUUAAUAUUGCUGUAUUAAUGCAAGUAAUAUCACAAGUAAUGUUUGUAAUAUUACAAGUAAUGUUAGUAACAUUACAAUAUCAAAGUAUCAGAAAAAAAAUUUAUUUGAAACUAUUAGGAAGAAAUUGCACGUCCCUGAAAUAUUCUAUUGGAAUAUUGGGAAUAUAACAAAAUAAAUAUUCUAUUGACAUUUUAGGAAUAUUCAAUGGAAUGAUUCUUUUAGAAACAUUAAAUAACUUAAUUCUUGAAGA